AUGGCCAACAUCAAGACAAAGCCGGCUGGCGUUUUGCCCGCAUCUUGGUAUUCCACCGGGGCAAUCUAUGAGCUGGAACGUCGAGCAAUCUUUGCCAAGUGCUGGCUACUCAUCACGCACGAGCUCCGCUUCCCAGCAGCCGGCGCCUAUGCGAAAUUCACGGUUGCGGGAUAUCCAUUUUUCAUCAUCCGUGAUCAGCAAGGAAAUUUGAACGCCUUCCUAAAUGUCUGCCGUCACCGAGCUUUUCCUGUAGUCCUCAACGACGAGGGCACCGCAAACAUUCUCGCUUGCAAGUACCAUGGGUGGUCUUACGGCCUUAGUGGUAAACUUGCCAAAGCACCAAGAUUCGAUGGGGUGGAUGGCUUCGACAAGUCCCAAUACGGCCUCUUCAAAGUCCAUCUCAAGGUCGACGAACGAGGCUUCGUCUGGAUCAACCUUGAUGCUUCGGAAAACGUGCAAGUCAAAUGGGAAGAGCUAUUUGACUCCGUGGAUACGCAAAGUCGUUUAGGAGUAUUCAACAUGAAGAAUUAUCGCUAUGAUCACUCUUGGGAUAUGGACGGCGAGUACAACUGGAAGACCUUGAUUGACAACUACAACGAGUGCUAUCACUGCUCAGUCGCACAUCCUGGCAUUGCCAAGGUUACCAAUCUCGAAAGCUACGAUGUCAAGACAACCAAUGGCUUUAUCGAGCAUUAUGCCGAGAGCAAGGGCAAUCCAGCCGAUGUCUCUGGUAAUGUAGCGCCGACUUACCUUUUCCCUAAUUCUUCCAUUACCAUGACGGAUCAUUAUUUCUACCUAAUGAGAGUUGUUCCUGUCAGCGCAACGCGCGUAUCGAUGCAGUACGAGGUAUACCGAAAUGUCAGCAGCACUGACAAAGAUUUCGAGGAGAUGGAUAAGUUUUUUAAGCAAGUCGAAAACGAAGACAAAUACCUUUGCACCAAUGCCCAGAAGAACAUCAAUGCAGGAGGCUACGUAACAGGGCCACUGCAUCCUCACAGGGAGAAAGGCGUGCUGCACUUCAAAUCCCUGGUCAAAAGGUUGCUGGUCGAACACGGCGAGAAGGAGAAAGCAUCGAGUGGAGAAAUCAAUCCUGCAAAGAGAUCUCCAGAUGAUGCUGACAUCGCCGAGGAGGAAUUGUUUUGCAAGGACGUAUGUAGCAGAGCCGGCGGGGGCGCGGGCUGCACGUGGUAG